AUGGUCUAUUGCGGGAAACCAAGCAAGGGAUGCUCCAACUGCCGGGAGCGUAAGAUUCGCUGCGAUCAGAGAGAACCGGGAUGCGGCCAAUGCGAGAAGAGACAGCAGGGUUGCCCUGGCUACCGCAACCUCGUGGACCUCAUGUUCCGCGAUGAGAGCUCUCAUGUCAUCAAGAAGGCCAAGGCGAGGGCCAGGAAAAAGAAUCUCACCGUCGAGCCCGGCACGCCAUCCGACACAGACGGCCGCCUGUCGCUCACACCCGAACCCCGUUCAAAGUCUCUGACGCUGGUCAUGCCUGUCUCUCCAAUGCCGGGAACCCCGACAACGGAGCAGAGCGGAUGGAACUCUGACGACAGCAGUCUUUUGAUGUCACCCGAUUCGGGCAGCUGGCCAGUCACCCCCGCCAUGGCUCUCUUCUACAACCUGGCCCCGACUUGCCAGGAGAAUGGCACCGCCUAUUUCUUCUCUCGCUACGUUACCAUGGACGAGACAGCAUGCCAUCAAAAGUUCGACUUUGUCUACGACGUCUGGAAGCCUUCGUCGGUAAUGCCUGAACGCGAGGUCGACGGGGUGCUUGCGAGCAUGACGGCGGUCGGGCUUAUGGGGCUGGCGAGCAUGACGCGGUCACGAGACUUUAUGGAUGCUGCUCGGAAGUCGUACGGGACCGCCCUCCAGCUGACCAACCACGCGCUGAAGAACCCGGUCGAGGCCGUCAAGGAUUCAACAAUGCUCUCAGUCCUCAUCCUCGGCGUGUUCGAGAUGAUGACGGAGAACACGCCGCGGAUAAAAACAGUCAAGGCUUUCCAGGAACAUGUCAAUGGCGCGGCCGCGCUGGCAAAGAUGCGGGGAGUUGCCCAGUUCCGGACCCGGGCGGGAAAGAGGAUGUUCUCAAUGCUCUGCCAGAGAGUGGUCAUAAGCUGCAUUCAGAGACACGUCCCCAUGCCGCAGCCAUUAGUCGAGCUUUGGCAGGAGGCGUCCGAGACAUUAGACCCUAGAGAUCCUACGAGGUGGAUAACACCUCUUAUGUUCCAGAUUCUGCAGUUGCGGUAUGACAUUAAGAGGGGGGCCAUUACAGACCCCGAGGCGAUUGUGGGGGCUUUGCUUAGCAUUGAAGAAGACUGCGAGAAACUCACCACCCAGCUCCCGCCAUCAUGGCAAUACCGAACAUUUAAGUUGACCAGGCAGCAUCCGGCUGUAUACGAAGGUGUCUGCCAUCUCUACUCCUCCCUGUGGCAUGCCACCGUAUGGAACGGCCUGCGAACAGCCCGAAUUCUUGUUCUCGAAACCAUACUUUCCGAAAUCUACCGCGAGUCGCAAAGUUUCUCGCCAAGGCUCGCCUCAAGCCGGUACACGGAGGAGUUUAACCGCGCGAGACGGAAGUUGAAGCAAAUGAUCCAAGCCGUCAACGCGAGCGUGCCGCAGCAUCUGGGGCUCGUCAAUCCGGUCGACGGCAGCAUCGAGAGUAUGUCGCCAGCGUCGACGCCGAUAUCGAGCGUCGAGGUGCGCGAGACACCGAGCCCGGCCACAUCACCUUCGUCCCGGUCCUCGGACUCCGGAAGCAGCAACUACGGCGGCUACAGUCCCAGCCAGCCCUCGGGCCUCACUAUUCUCGACACGACGGGAGCGCGCGACGCCGAAGACGAGGCCGGCCGUUUCAUGCUGCUGGUGUCAGCCACGAGCACCAUCGUCUGGCCGCUCUACGUGGUCGGCAUGUCGUCGGCGUGCGACGAAGAUACAAAGGCGUACGUCAUCGAGCGCCUGCGCACACUAUACAUGGAGACGGGAAUUCGGCAGGCCGACGCGCUGGCGAACCUGCUCGAGGAGCACGAGUCGGCCGAAUCGGUGCCCGCGCCGGUAGUCCUCUCGACCCUAACGGCGACGCCGCCAAUGAUAACGACGGAGUUCGAUCUGCCCAAGAGGUACAAGGCAGACUAUGACACGUUUCUCGUAUAG